GAGGAGGAUGGGGUUGGAGACGCUUUCCCCGAGGAUGCUCGUGUGGUUGGUGGCCUCGGGGAUUGUUUUCUACGCGAAGCUGUGGGGCUGCGCCGGCCUCGAUUAUGAUUACACUUUUGAAGGGAACGAAGAGGACAGAACGGAGACUCUAGAUUACAAGGACCCUUGUAAAGCCGCUGUAUUUUGGGGUGAUAUUGCCUUAGAUGAUGAAGACUUAAAUAUCUUUCAAAUAGAUAGGACAAUUGACCUUACACAGAACCCCUUUGGAAACCUUGGACAUACCACAGGUGGACUUGGGGACCAUGGUAUGUCAAAGAGACAAGGAGCCCUCUACGAACUUAUAGACAGGAUAAGAAGAAUUGGCUCUGGUAUAUCAAUGUUUAAAGUUGCAGACGCUUGACUUGAUGCUUGGAGCAAAACAACACAGUUAAGGGGAAAGUACCUCUAAAAUUCUCAGGGCAAAAUGAGAAAAACCGGGUUCCCAGAGCGGCCACAUCCAGGACAGAGCGGAUAUGGCCCGGAGGUGUUAUUCCUUACAUCAUCGGGGGCAACUUCACUGGCAGCCAGCGAGCCAUGUUCAAGCAGGCCAUGCGGCACUGGGAGAAGCACACCUGUGUGACAUUCAUUGAGAGGAGCGAGGAGGAGAGUUACAUUGUGUUCACCUAUAGGCCUUGUGGAUGCUGCUCCUAUGUAGGUCGGCGGGGAAACGGACCUCAGGCCAUCUCUAUUGGCAAGAACUGCGACAAAUUUGGGAUUGUUGUUCAUGAAUUGGGCCAUGUGAUAGGCUUUUGGCAUGAACACACGCGACCAGACCGGGAUAACCAUGUGACCAUCAUUAGGGAGAACAUCCAGCCAGGUCAAGAGUACAAUUUUCUGAAGAUGGAGCCUGGAGAAGUAAACUCACUUGGUGAAAGAUACGAUUUUGACAGUAUCAUGCACUAUGCCAGGAACACCUUCUCAAGGGGUAUGUUUCUGGAUACCAUUCUCCCCUCCCGCGAUGAUAAUGGCAUACGUCCAGCAAUUGGUCAGCGGACCCGUUUAAGCAAAGGAGAUAUUGCACAGGCAAGAAAGCUGUAUAGAUGUCCAGCUUGUGGACAAACCCUACAAGAAUCCAACGGCAAUCUUUCCUCCCCAGGAUUUCCCAAUGGCUACCCUUCCUACACUCACUGCAUCUGGAGAGUGUCUGUGACCCCAGGGGAGAAGAUUAUUCUAAAUUUUACCACAAUGGACCUCUACAAAAGCAGUCUGUGCUGGUAUGACUACAUCGAGGUGCGCGACGGCUACUGGAGGAAAUCGCCUCUCCUGGGUAGAUUCUGUGGGGACAAAGUUCCUGAGGUUCUUACUUCUACAGAUAGCAGAAUGUGGAUUGAGUUUCGCAGCAGCAGCAAUUGGGUAGGAAAAGGCUUUGCGGCUGUUUAUGAAGCCAUCUGUGGAGGUGAGAUUCGUAAAAAUGAAGGACAGAUCCAGUCUCCAAAUUAUCCAGAUGACUAUCGCCCGAUGAAAGAAUGUGUGUGGAAAAUCACGGUGUUGGAGGACUACCACGUGGGGCUGACUUUUCAGGCCUUUGAGAUAGAAAGACACGACAACUGUGCUUAUGACUACCUAGAAGUCCGAGAUGGAGCCAGUGAAAACAGCCCUUUGAUAGGGCGUUUCUGUGGCUAUGAUAAACCUGAAGACAUAAGGUCGACCUCCAACACCUUGUGGAUGAAGUUUGUUUCUGAUGGGACUGUGAAUAAAGCGGGGUUUGCUGCUAACUUUUUUAAAGAGGAAGAUGAAUGUGCCCGGCCUGACCGUGGUGGCUGCACACAGAGGUGUGUGAACACCCUGGGCAGCUUCCAGUGCGCCUGUGAGCCAGGCUACGAGCUGGGCCCUGACCGCCGGGCCUGCGAAGCUGCAUGUGGUGGACUUCUUACCAAGCUGAACGGCACCAUCACCACCCCAGGCUGGCCCAAGGAGUACCCACCUAAUAAAAACUGUGUGUGGCAAGUGGUCGCUCCAACCCAGUAUAGAAUUUCUGUGAAAUUUGAGUUUUUUGAAUUGGAAGGAAAUGAGGUGUGCAAGUAUGAUUAUGUGGAGAUCUGGAGUGGUCUUUCCUCCGAGUCCAAACUGCAUGGCAAGUUCUGUGGCACCGAAGUGCCAGAAGUGAUCACGUCGCAGUUCAACAACAUGAGAAUUGAGUUCAAAUCUGACAAUACUGUGUCCAAGAAGGGCUUCAAAGCACAUUUUUUCUCAGACAAAGACGAAUGUUCUAAAGACAACGGCGGGUGUCAGCACGAGUGCCUCAACACGAUGGGAAGCUACAUCUGUCAGUGUCGUAACGGCUUUGUGCUACAUGAAAAUAAGCACGACUGUAAGGAAGCUGAGUGUGAGCAGAAGAUCCAUAGUCCCAGUGGCCUCAUCACCAGUCCUAACUGGCCCGACAAGUACCCCAGCAGGAAGGAGUGCACGUGGGGAAUCAGCACCACCCCCGGCCACCGCAUCAAAUUAGCUUUCAGUGAGUUUGAGGUAGAACAGCAUCAGGAAUGUGCAUAUGAUCACUUAGAAGUGUUCGAUGGAGAGACAGAAAAAUCACCAAUCCUUGGACGACUGUGUGGCAACAAGAUCCCAGACCCUCUGGUGGCCACUGGGAAUAAAAUGUUUGUCCGGUUUGUUUCUGAUGCGUCUGUUCAAAGAAAAGGCUUCCAGGCCACACACUCUACAGAGUGUGGUGGCCGAUUGAAAGCAGAAUCAAAACCCAGAGACCUGUACUCCCACUCUCAGUUUGGGGACAACAACUACCCAGGGCAGGUGGACUGUGAAUGGCUGUUAGUGUCGGAACGCGGCUCUCGUCUUGAAUUAUCCUUCCUGACUUUCGAAUUGGAAGAAGAAGCAGACUGUGGCUAUGACUACGUUGAGCUCUUUGAUGGUCUCGAUUCAACAGCUGUGGGUCUUGGUCGGCUCUGUGGAUCAGGGCCACCAGAAGAGAUCUAUUCAAUCGGGGAUGCAGUUUUAAUUCAUUUUCACACUGAUGAUACAAUUAACAAGAAGGGAUUUCACAUAAGAUACAAAAGCAUAAGAUAUCCAGAUACCAAGCAUACCAAAAAAUAGCAACAAAACCUCUGUCACAACCUAAAGGAACAUGUGCACUGCAGAGAAGACUUAUUUUUUUUAAACUGAAGAUAUUGGCACAAAUGUUUUAUAUAAGUUUGAACACAAGAAAACUGUAAGGCCAGAAUUAUCUCUCUACUAAAUGAUGAGUUUCCAGCCAACCCAGAUCAGCAUUUCAAGGGUAUCUGAACUCUCUGCUUGAUGGGAUUAAUGAAGGUGGUGAAAGGGCCUCACCUGCUUCAAAGAAGACAAGACCAGCUGUGUUCACACCUUAAAAUAGACUCCUCACAAUUCAGACAGUCUGCACAGGAGCCCUGAUCCUUCAGAGUGCUCUUGUUGACAUUUUUUCAAGAUUUGUGGGCAUAAAAGAUGAUAUUGCAGGUCAUAAACUGGAAACCUCUCCUCUCGUGUCUUUUUGCUGUGAUACAGUGUAAACCAGAUGGGUAUGCGGUGGUGAGCAGUGGGGAACUCUGAGGGUGGUUUGUACUUUAAACCUAUAUGUGUGUCUGAUGUCUGGAAACUGGAAUAUUUCAGCUUCAUUAUUUUUCACCUGCAGGCCAGUUUAACCUCUUUGAAACUCAAAUGAUCUUGAGACCACUUCAUUGUACUUACCUUUCUGAUGAGUUUGAAAUGUUCUCAGUGUCUAGUAUUGCAGUUAAACUGUAGAUAUGGCUUCUUCAAGUCCUGGACAAUGCCGAGUUAGUUGGCAGACUCGAUUCUUCUGGUGGAAAUGCUGUCUUUCCACACCAAAUCUAAGAAGUCUGUGAUAGGAAACCUAUGGGAAACCAGCCAAGAGGUGUGAGCAGGGCCCUUCAGAUGACUGCCUGGGCGGUUCAUACUCAAAUUAUUACUGCUGCUAUUACCUUUCUGGUUUUUUUUUUUUUUUUUGCUGUUGAUCUGUUGUUAUUGUUGUUGCCCCCACCAUUAAUGUAUUUUUUAAAACUAAAAUGAAACAGAAGUAGGCCUUCUGAAAAUGGAAAGAUCUCUCUAUCUCUCUCUGUCUCUCUCUUACCCCCCUGGGAUUCAGUUUAAAAAGAAAAAGCAAAGGUGGAAAUAAGAUUUGUUUCUGAAAGACUUCCUAUGGUGCUAUUCCAUAAACUUAUUUUUUUAAAACAGGUUUUUGACCUUUGAGCCAACC